UCAUUUAUUAAAAAUUAAUGGUGGUGUACGGUUCUACGUUCAGCAGCUAGCGCGUCUCGCAGUUUCUCGCCAGAGUGAAUUUCAAUUUUCAAUUCCAGAAAAUACAUCUCAGAAGGGAAGGCAGCGAAUUUCGGAAAUAACGACGGUGUGUUGAGUAAAGUAAAUCAAAGUGACAAAUACCGGGGUUUCAUAACAACAAAAACAACAAAUAGCAACAACAACAACAAUAUAAUAAGCAAUAACCACAUCCAAAAGCGACAGCCACUAAAAGUUACAUAUAUCCGAAUAAAGGCAAUUGGCAAUUGGCGAAUUGCAAAUGCAAAUUUAAAGUGUGCGAACGAGUCGAUAAAGAGAGAAAGAAGGAAGCAGUGUGCGAAAGCAAGGAACAGAUUCACUCACAGAAAAACCCAAUUGUUAAAAACGUGUAAUAACAAUCCGGCAGCGGUGAAUCAAUCCGACUCUGGUUCCCAUUUCCAUCUACGACCAGAACAGCAGCAGAACAGAAAAACCCCGAGCACCGGAACGCGGAACGCAGUAUAUUCAAUCAUCUGUAAAUGCAUCAGCUAAGCAACAGUAUUCUUGCUCAACAAUAAGACACCACAAGCCGUGAUUAUUUGUUGCAUUUCAAGGCAAACCCAACACAGCGAUCUUAAGCCAACAACGUAGUGCGAACAGCAAAGAAAACCACCUAAUUUUGACCUAGAGAACUGUAUCACCACAAGCAGAGCAGCCAAACCCCACAUAUGUAGUGCAAGCCCGAUCAUCUAUGAUUGGUAUAUAGAGAGAGAGUUAUAUUUACAAAAGGCACCUCACCCACACGACAGGUGAACCCCCAAAAGACAAACAACAGAAACAGACACUGCUGAGAUAGAGACCGCGGAACACGGUCGCAUCCAGAUACACUUUCAUCUACACGGAGCCACAGAAGCCAGCAAAAUAGAUACCAUGGAGGACAAUAACACGAGCAGCAGUGCGGGCGGUGCGUCCAUUAAACAGGAGGAUCCAUCUGUGACACUCACAAUAAGGCUGAUUAUGCAAGGGAAGGAAGUUGGUAGUAUUAUUGGUAAAAAGGGUGAAAUUGUCAACAGAUUUCGCGAAGAGUCUGGUGCCAAAAUCAACAUUUCGGAUGGAUCGUGCCCGGAACGUAUUGUGACUGUGUCUGGUACAACCAAUGCAAUCUUUUCGGCAUUUACGCUCAUUACAAAGAAGUUCGAAGAGUGGUGCUCGCAGUUCAAUGAUGUAGGCAAAGUUGGCAAAACUCAAAUUCCCAUUCGAUUGAUCGUGCCCGCCAGUCAAUGUGGAUCGUUAAUUGGCAAGAGUGGCUCUAAAAUCAAGGAAAUUCGCCAGACCACCGGCUGCUCCAUCCAGGUGGCCAGUGAAAUGCUGCCAAACUCGACGGAGCGCGCGGUCACCUUGAGCGGCAGUGCUGAGCAGAUCACCCAGUGCAUCUAUCAGAUAUGCCUCGUCAUGUUGGAGUCUCCGCCGCGCGGUGCUACCAUCCCAUACCGGCCAAAACCACAGGUGACUGGUCCCGUCAUCCUGGCCAACGGACAGGCCUUCACCAUCCAAGGAAACUACGCAGUGCCCACACAAGAGACCUGUCCAGUAUUUCCAUUGGCCCUGGCUACCGGCGGGCUGCAUGCUGGUAUCUCAGGUUUGACGGAUCCUUUGUUAAAGGGGGCACACUUACCAGGAGCGGUACCAGCACACCACCAUCACCUACAGCAAAUGCCCGAUGUGGCCAAGAACCCGCUGGCCAGCCUGGCUGCCUUGGGCCUGGCCGGGAUGAAUCCGGCCAGCACUGGGGGCAUCAACCACACAGGUGAGUUGAGCGCUUCUGCGGCCAGAUGCCAGACAGAUUUCCAAUCUAAUCUAGGCUCUGCCCCAGCAGCCCUGGCUGCACUGGCCGGGUCGCAACUGCGUACAGCGAAUCCCGCGAACCGAGCCCAGCAGCAGCAGCACGAGAUGACCGUCUCCAACGACCUGAUCGGCUGCAUCAUCGGCAAGGGCGGCACCAAGAUCGCCGAGAUCCGCCAGAUCUCCGGCGCCAUGAUCCGGAUCUCGAACUGCGAGGAGCGCGAGGGCGGCAACACCGACCGCACCAUCACCAUCAGCGGCAACCCGGACUCGGUGGCACUGGCCCAAUACUUAAUCAACAUGAGAAUAUCCAUGGAGACUGCUGGUCUGCCCAUACCCGGAUACCACUACAUUGCGCCCAGUACAAUUGUUAAAACGCCCAUUCACUAAAUGCAACAAUCAAUCGCCAGCAAGAAAUCCAACAGCAACUGAGGAUCGAUGAGGAGGAGUACUGGAGGAGACGAGUUUCGGAGGACGUCGAAUGCUGAAUAACAAGCAGUUCAUCAAAACAUUAACGUUGGGGAGGAGAUCCAGAGAUCCAGGGAUCGGAAAUCAAACAUCAAACACGAGACACACUCAUAGACAGACACGCGGAGAAAAUCAUACAUACACGUUAUAUUUAUUCAUUGAUUCUUAUUAAUUAUGAUAUUUUCAUUAAGUUUUAAACGCAAGGGCAAACAAAUACAAGAACUUAUGUGUUGAACCGUUUUCGCGGGGCCCUAUAACGUGCGUUCAGUGCGUGGGGCCGCCCCAAAGUAAGAACAGAACAGCAAUUAAUUUUAAGAUUAGUCAAAAUGAAGACAAAAUAAAAGCAUAAACUCUAUUAACCACAUAACAAGCGAACAUAAGAAAGGCAGAAAUUUCAAAAGCAAGCGCGUAAUUCUAAGCAAACUAUUUAUGCAUGAGCAUGACCAAAAAAAACACAAAAAAAAAAACAGAAAACAGGAGUAAGCGAAAGGAUUAAGCUUAAAGGAUCGAAUAUAAAAAGAGACAUUGAAACAGACUAACGAACAAACAAACCAAGCAAACAAAGACACAAACAAGGUACAGAUCAACAGCAACAUUACAAUACUUCAAGUCGACCACUGGGGACCGAUGUUUGCGUUUGUUAGUUGUUUGUUUAUAUGUACACGUAUAUUUUAUGGUAUAUAUAGAGGAGAGAUGUAUUGAUACGAUUUAUUUUAUUAUUUCUAUUAUGGUAAUUGUUAUCGAAAUUGUAUUUGUGAUUUUUGAAUAUGUUUAGACUGAUGUGCAAAAUUGAUUCUGUUUAUUGAUUACAAUUAAAAUACACAUAAAUUACUAUGGACUAAUUAGCAAUCUCUAUCUUCUUCGUUCGUCUGUUCAGGAUUUGUUUCAAAAGGAUGAAGAUGAAGGAUCAAGAGUCGAACUAGCGAAAGAGAUUUUAUUUGAAUAUACUUAUCGAAAUUGUUGUAUACUCCCAUGUUUGGUUUCUAGUUAAAUUGUUGCCAACCGACAACAAAACAAUUACUUACGAUUUAGUGAAGCAAAUUCGAGCUACAAUAAUAAUUUUUAAGCAAUUUUGCGGCGAUUAAAAAAGACUUUUUCAAGGCGUGGAAUAUACUAAAAGGAAAGAUUUAAUUAUAUUACAAUUAUGCUUAAAGUAAAGUAUAAUUUUAAUUUAUUAGCUGUUAAAUUUAUACGCAAAACAAACUAAAAAAGCGAGAACAGAACAAAAAGAAUCACAAGAAAAGAAAACAUCAAAAUAAACUGAUUUUCACUGUUAAAAUGACAAAUUAUAUUAAUUUUAUUUAGUUUACGAAUUUAGUUCGUAGGCUGGGCAGUAAAAGCAAAAGGAUCACCGAGACACACUGAGAACAUUUAGUUGCAUUCAAAUGAUAAUUCACGAAAGAGCCUCUGUGACGAAGGUGAAAGCGAAAGCAUCAGUUUGCUAGUUGGCAAAAUGUGUCAAAUUUUAUUCUACAUAUAUAUUAAUUAUUUCGUAAGACAGUUAUCGAGACAUAGAGUUAUCAAAACAACCAACAUAUCCACUGCAAGAAAACCAAUCUAAUCACCACUUAUAUUAACCAACACAAGAUACAAAAGUAACAAAAAUAUAAACCCUUAAAUUCAUACAUAUAAGACAAACAUAUCCCAGAGAACGCAAUGCAUUAAUCUAAACCAAUACCUUAUGUAUGUAUAAUUUAUAUCAAAAUUGAACGGCAAUUUGGCGGUCUGUUUUUUGACUUUCAGAGCAAAUUGCAAAGUGAUUUUUUUGUGCAACAUCCAUUGUCGCGAUCUAAUUUUUAGCAGUCACUAGAUUAGCAUCUUCCGCUCAUACAAAACUUAUGAAAGAACAAAACUUGAUUACAGGAAAUUGUUAAUAGCAUAAAGAGUAAUACUAUGAAUAAUUAAACGUGUAAACGAGCCUGGUCCGAGGGAUAAGCUGUAUUCGAGGAUCAAGCCACUGGCGAGAGCGGCGUCUAACGAGAUAUCAUAAGGCGAAACUAUUUCGUGAUUUUAAUGACAAAUAUAUUUCGCUGUCGCUGACGACAAACAAUUUGAAGCAAUCAUUUUGAAUCAAAGAACCGCGGUUCUCAACUUAAACAAAAUCUGGAAUGAAUAUGAAAACAAAUGAUAUGCUUGGGAGGAGGAGGGAAUCGAGUAAAUCCAUAUAUCUAUACAUAAAUGAAUGAUAUAUCUAUAUAUAAAUAUACAUAAAUUAAAUAUAUAAUUAUUAUGUACACUUGUAUUUAAAUGUAUUCGAAAUAUUUAGUAAAUUUUUUGCGCAAGUUACACAGACUUACAGAGAACACUAAAACAAAAGAUGAAAAAUAUUUAAAAAUGAAAAAAGACGAGGGCGACUACGGAGAUAGACGGGUCAACAGCGGGUAACUGGGAUUAAUUGUAAAAUAAAAGUAAUGAAAGGGAUAAUUAAAUUAUGUGUAUGUGUGUAUAAGAGAAGUAGCUCAAACAUUUCACAAAACAUUUUACUUAAUAUGCGUGUGUAAUUAAUGUAAUUUAAUAACGACAUUUUGUUGACAAACUUGUAAAUUUGCAAAGGAAAAAUACGUGUAAGAAAAGCAAUUUUAAUGGUGCCUUAAAAACCAAACCAAACCAAGCAAAUUUCUUCAAGCCUGCCUUGCCUCAAUCCCCAUUCCCAACUGGAUGGCAUGUGAGUUUUCUACUCCUUUUUCUCCUGCUCUUUUCAAGACUUCCCACGGACACUGGUGUCCGAUCCGGUCCCCCGGUCCUUCCUCGAUCAGAUCGAGCCCGACUGGUGGCUGGGCCGGCACUUAGGCCUUAGUUAAUAUGCGUGUUAUAUCAUUUCGACAUAAGAACUUAUCCCUUUUAGCGAAACACGGUGACCCACAAUUGCUCAAAGCUAUCCGAGUCUGUGCAAAAAGUUGCCCGUUACAUUUGCGAAUUGGAUUCGACAGCCCAACUUACAAUUAGCUACAAAAGAACACGUAGUGGAUGUGACACUGAGAUCCAAAAUGAACAACUAGCCCGAACAAAAAAAGCAAAAAAAAAUGAACAAAAAAAGGAUACCCAAAAAAACACAAGCAAAAUAUUAUCAAAUUAUAUACAUAUACAGCAAAACAAACACAUUAAUGUUUCUCUCAGUGUAAUUACAAAUCACUUGAAUGUAUUUGCUCACAUUUUUACAAUACAUGUCGAAGAACUCUACACAAUAAGCAACAAAUGUAAAAGCAUUUAAGGCACUUGGUCGAUCGAUCGAUCGAUUAAUCGAUUGAUUGAGAGGAUGGGAUGAUCGGACUUUGGAUGCAAGAUAAUUGUUAAACAAAUCCACUGAAGGAAUGGGUUCGAUAAACCAGACAGUAUAAUCUAAAAGAAAACAAAAUAUUUAUAUACAUAUGAAAGCAAAAGCAAAAAUGAAACUAUAUUUAAGGUAUUUUAGAUAUUCUUAUUUAAUAUCCAGAAAACAAGACGAGAAAUUAUACGAGCAGAGUUUUAGUUUAGGCACAGAGUAGUAGGGAGAGAGAGGUAUGGGUAGAUCGGGUCUAAGUAAUGAACAAAAUAUAUGUGUAUUAACUAACUAAAUAUCAGUGUUAGAAAUUUUAAGCAAGUAGGAUCAGAGAGGGGCGGUAAGAUGGCGGUUUUACUCUACCGGUCCAUCCUGGCGGGGAGUGCAGGCGAUCCUGUUGUUUGAUUCAGUUACAUCCGAGUAUCCCUUAAUUUGUGUAAACAUUAUGAAACGAGCAUUAGCGCAAGAAGGCAUAACUACGUGUAUUCCAAUUCAUCAAAGCAAUUGAAGAAUUAAUAGAACACCUAGGCGGGACGCACCCGGGCUCGCACCUGGCCCCCCUAGCCACUAGAAAUAUACGAAACAUCUAAGGUUUCUCAGCAUAACAAAGCGAAUCAAAGCAAAACCAAAUAUCGAUCAUAUUAUCUUACGUAGUGGAAACAAGCAACUUAACUACUAGCAUAUGGUACACACAUGCAGUGCAUACAUUAGCCAUGCAGACGGCAACGGACCCCAUAGCUUGGUUGGACAAUAUAUGGCGUUGGAUUUGGAUAGUGGGCUAUUGUUAGGAUAUUGGCGCAUAGUUUACACAAAAUUACCGUAUGUAUAUGUGUGUGUGUUUGUAUACGUGUAGGCAUUAAGUUGGGGGAGGAUCUCUUCUAAUUGUAAGCCCAAGAGGCGGGACAGCACAUCCGGAAGCACUGCAUCCGUUCCGGGCCAAUCAGCCCGGAAACGGAAAUAAUAACCGACGGCAAACUAGUUGCCUAGCAUGUAGGACUCUCUCUUACUCUCAUCUUAAUGGAAGACGAAAAGAAUGAAUAUGCAGCGUAAAAUUGAUAAAACUGAACAAUUGGGAUCAACUUAUAUUUUAAAUAUAAGAUUAAAUUGUAAAACAAGACCUAAGCAAACUUUUUAAUUAAGCCCCGAAGUUUGUAGAGGAAGCUACUUAAAUCUAAAGAGCGUCUAAAAACGAGAAACGAUAAAACUUACAUCAUUUUGUGCCAAAAAUAUGAUAGCAAUUUGAAGGCAGAAGCAGGCGAACAAUAGUUACCAACAUUUAAUGGCCAAAAGCACAACAGCUAACCACAGAGAGAACACAAAGUAAAUUCUUUGCUUUUUUUGGGGGAACAACACAUAGGAAUUAUACGAAUUUCAAUGGAUUCACCGUCGUCAGACAGCUACUCACUCACACAAGUAUUUAAAUGUUCACAUUUGCUCAAUGCAAAGCACUUAAAGGAGCUUAUUUAAUGAAAACCAAAAACAAAACCAAAACCAAAACCAAAUACAAAUCAAUACUAAACCAUAUAGAUGUGCGUAACCAUUUCUGUAUAAAUAAUAUUCAAUCUGGCUGUAUUCGCAGUUUUAUUGCUAUUGCUAAAAGUGUGCCAAAUAUCUCCCAGAUGAACCAAAGCUGAAAUUGCCGACAGAAGUUCCCAUUGGUUUCGUUGCAUAUUUUUAGGCGAAUGCCAGGUUCAGGUUCGACCAGCCCCUGAGAUUAUGUUGCAAACUGACGAAUUCGGGGAGGCAAUACAGACGCAGAUGCAGAUACAGAUACAGAUGCACAGCUAUAAACAAAAUUAAAUUAAUAAUUGAGGACAUGAAAGGUUAAAACAAAGGCAAAUGCUAACUAAACAUAUUUACAAGUUGAAGAAAACUGCAAGGCAAUCAUAUAACUAGAGCUUCAAUAAAUAAAAAGGACAAAAAGUGUCAUAAAAUGGGAGGAAUUAUGGCUAUAAAACAAGUUAAAAAUGCCUAGAAAGUGUUUUGGACAAAUAUAUAUUUAAGCCAUAUUCCCAAUGAACAAAAA